GAGUGGGAACACGAGAAAUGUGAGAUUACUUAGUAGUACUAUACUUAUACGGUAUGAAUAAUCAUUAGUCAAGGAUUAACGCGGUUUGACAAGGUAACACAAUGACAACAACGUAUUGACUAAACAACUACUAUAAAACUCACACAUCUCUCUCCAACCUCACCAAACAAAAACCAAAAACAAAAAAACAGAUCCACAAUUCCAAACUAUCUCAAAUCAAAUUCCCAACAAAAAAUGGCUGGUUUCACUUUCAAAAGUAUCACAUGUUUGACAUCAUUGAUGGUGUUGUUGAUGAUCAACAAUAUAGAGGCACAAGACACCCCUUCUUGUGCUGCACAGCUAGUUCCAUGUGCUGAUUUCUUGAAUUCAACAAAACCACCUAGUUCUUGCUGUGAUCCACUCAAAAAAACAGUUGAAACUCAACUCACAUGUCUUUGUAACCUUUUCUAUACUCCUGGUUUGCUUCAAAGCCUAAACAUCAAUAUCACUCAAGCUCUUGCUCUCAGUAGAAACUGUGGUGUUACCUCUGAUAUCAGUACUUGCAAACAAGCUGGGUCAGCUCCACCUCCGACUGCUGGGUCCGGGUCCCCACCGGCUACAACAGGUAGUGAUAACGGAGCUGCAGGAAGAGUCUCAUUCACUGGAUUUUCUUUCCUACUCUUAUUGGCAUCCAUGAUGUUCAAUUAGGAAUGUGGCCCUUCAUUCUUCGGAAACCUAUAUUGUAUUUAAUUUAUAUAUUUAUGUAAUUCUACAUUGAUUGGCUACUGAGUACUAGCAGAAGUAUUUUAUUGCGAACUAUGAUUCAAUUUGGGUAAAAAUAUUUUUUUUU